GGUCCCGGCAUGCCGUGCGGUGUGGCAGAGCCGCGCAGUCGCGGUGGCCACGGGCCGGCCGGCCGUGGCUCUGGGCGGAGGAACAUGGCGACUUAUGUGGAGAUCAUCAGGCACGAGUUCCCGGACAUUGACUUAGAACUCUUCCAAUACGUGACAGGUGUGCUGGACAGCAGUGCCGCUGAUUUUGAAUCUGUUGAUGAGAUUUUUGAAGCAAUUGGCGAUGUUCUUCAGGAAGUGUCAGUCUCAAAAAACGAAGAUGACGUCCGCGAGAUCUGUGAAAAAAUGUUUAAUACGCUUAAACUCAAUACAUCCAACUCCUCAAAGUCAAACGUACUACUGAAAGCACCAAUACAGCUCUCGCAAGUAACUGGUAGCACUGACUACAAGACUGAAGAGGUCAAAGGAAUCUGGAUGAUGAGACGGGAUUUGGGGACGACGGUAGAUGCAAAGAAACUGGAGAAAGCUGAAGCCAAGCUAAAAGCAAAGCAAGAAAAGAGGACGGAGAAGACCUCCCUGAAACCAGCAGUUCCCUUGGUCCUGGAGGAAGCAUCGGCCAGCCAAGCUUCCAAUAAGAAAGAAACUCGCUUGGAAGCCUCUGGAAAGAACAAGUCGUAUGACAUUAAAAUUGAAAAUUUUGAUGUCUCCUAUGGAGACAGGGCCUUACUUAAUGGUGCAGAUUUGCAUCUUGCUUACGGUAGGCGUUAUGGCUUAGUUGGUCGGAACGGCUUGGGGAAAACGACGCUGUUGAAGAUGAUGUCGGCACGGGGUCUCCGCAUUCCAUCGCACAUCAGCAUCUUGCACGUGGAGCAAGAGGUGGUUGGCGAUGACACGCUGGCUCUGCAGAGUGUGCUUGAGUGCGACACGGUGCGUGAAAGCCUGGUGUGCGAGGAGAGGGAGCUAACAGCAAAAAUGAACAUCGGCCUAGGCAAUGGUACAGAGAGCGGUCGGCUGACGGAAAUCUAUGCCAAGUUGGAGGAGAUCGAGGCAGACAAGGCUCCAGCCAGGGCUUCGGUUGUUCUAGCAGGUUUGGGAUUCAGCUCCAAAAUGCAGAAACAAAUGACUAGGGAGUUCUCUGGAGGCUGGAGAAUGAGACUGGCUCUAGCCAGGGCACUGUUUGCCAAGCCUGAUCUUCUGUUAUUAGAUGAACCUACAAACAUGUUGGAUGUGCGGGCCAUCCUGUGGCUGGAAAACUACUUGCAGACCUGGCAGUCCACUAUCCUGGUUGUGUCGCAUGACCGCAAUUUCCUGAACGCCGUGGCCACCGACAUUGUUUACCUGCAUUCGCAGCGUUUGGAGACGUAUCGAGGCGAUUAUGAAAACUUCAUAAAGACUAAAGAGGAAAGGCUGAAAAACCAGCAGCGGGAAUAUGAGGCUCAGCAUCAGUACAGAGAGCACAUACAGGUGUUCAUUGAUAGGUUCCGAUACAAUGCCAACAGAGCUUCACAAGUACAGAGCAAGCUGAAACUUCUGGAAAAACUGCCCGAGCUGAAGCCUCUUGAGAAGGAGCCAGAAGUGACGAUCAGGUUCCCUGACAAUUUUGAGAAGCUGUCCCCUCCAAUCUUACAGAUGACUGAGGUAGACUUCAAUUAUAAUCCCGAGAGUCCCAUCUUUAAAGACCUCUCAGUGUCUGCUGAUCAGGACUCCCGAAUUUGCAUCGUGGGGGAGAAUGGCGCUGGUAAAACAACACUGUUAAAGAUACUGCUCGGGGAUCUAGCACCAGUUCAAGGCAUUAGACACGCACACAGGUACAAUCUUUUUGGCUACUUCAGUCAGCUGCACAUACCUUUCUUGAGACUCAACAUCUGUGCAGUUUUGAUUUUUUUUCAUUAUGGAUUUUCAGGGAGGACGGAAGAGGAAUACCGACAUCAGCUGGGUGGUUAUGGUAUAUCAGGAGACCUGGCUGUGAGACCUGUCGCCAGUCUGUCGGGAGGACAGAAGAGCAGGGUGGCGUUUGCACAGAUGACGAUGCCCCGGCCCAAUUUCUAUAUAUUGGAUGAACCGACCAACCAUCUGGACAUGGAGACUAUUGAGGCAUUGGGAAUAUCAUUACAGAAGUUUAAGGGUGGAGUAAUACUGGUGUCCCAUGACGAGCGGCUGAUUCGCAUGGUGUGCAGGGAGCUGUGGGUGUGUGGCUGUGGCACCGUGAAGCGAGUGGAUGGAGGAUUCGACGAGUACAAGGACAUCCUCCAGGAACAGUUCCGUAGGGAGGGAUUUCUAUGAGGUCCUGCUCUUUGAUGUGCCCCCCCCCCCCCCCACCCCCACCAUUGCAAUCCAGACAUCCAGGACUUGCUGCUUUCAGUGGGCAAGUGUGACAAUGGCCCACUGUAGUCACUUCAUUUUUUUUUCAUUAUCACAACCUGGCCUUGCCCACAUCCCCUGAUGUUUGAUCCAGGGACAAUGAACUUGGGUGUAAAUUAAACCAAGCACCAUCGCCACCUGUUCCACGUAAAGACAAACCAAUGGGUGGAUAAUUUUCAGCAAUGUUUGGAGUUCAAUGCAAUAACCCAUUAUUAUUAUUUAAUGUAAUUAAUUACUAAUAGUCCCCUUGCCUUUUUCUCAACAUGCAGUCACCGUCAGUGAGUUGUUAACAAAUCCAUCUGUGCUGAUUUUGAAAAAGGCCCAAGUAGACGGUGUGAAUAAGUGUUAAUGGCAGCUGCAGUUGUUUCUCAGUGAGUGAGGAGAUGCCAGAACCUGCUUUCAGGUUCACCCUCAAUUGCUGUUAUUUCCCCUUUACUCAGUGCAGGCUGAUUAUCCCAGCAAUGUCACUGAAACCUGCAGCUGAGGCUGUGUUGAGCCAGGCAUUGGACAAGGAUGUCAUUGGGUCUCCAGGUCCUGCUGCCUUGGGAUGGGUGUGGACUGUUCAAUACAACAAGCUACAUUGCACAACCUCUCAAAAUGAGUAACAUAAAUAAAUCAUUUGACAACCAUAAA